UCCUGGUCGCCGGCAGCAGCAGCAGCAGCAGCAGCACCGAGCCGCUGCUCCAUCCCAUGCGUUCGGAAGAAAAAAAGAAAACUAAUGGGCUCGGAUCGAGACAUGUGCUGCUGCUAGUUAUGAUCACACCUCAAUGUAUGUAGCUUUAUUUAACCCAUAAAACAUCGCGUCUUGGUCCAAAGGCCUGAAAAUGCUUCCCUGCUCAUCAUCCGCGCACAUGGAGGAGGAGAGGGACGCGCACAUGCAAACGGAGUGCAACAGACUGACGGAGGAGCGAGACGAGGCCGAGAGACAACUCAAGCACAUCAAGAGAGUGUCUCAGAUGGUGAUUGAGGAGGUGAGCGUUCUGCAGACUCAGCUGGAGAUCGAGAAGUCGUGCCGGGAAAAUGCAGAGGCCCUGGCCACAAAGCUCAACUGUGAGAACAGGAAGUUCAAGUACCUGAGCCUGUCGUCUCGUCCGUGUUUGGACGAGCUGCUGCCCAGCAUCUCGGACUGCAUCGCCCUGGAGACGGACGCGGAUGCAGACGUCGCGGACGGCAGCCCCGACAACUUCACGCAGUACCAGCAGCAGGUUAAAGAGCUGGGGGAGACGGUGAACAGCCUGUUGGAGGAGAAGAAGAACUUUGUUUGUCAGAUUCAUGACCAGCAGAGACGGAUAGACGAGCUGACCCUGCAGUCGGAGAAAGAUCAGGCGGAGGUGAAGGAGCUUCGUGAAACUGUUCAGCAGCAAAGCAAAACCAUCAAGAGGUUUAACAGAGUCUCCAUGAUGGCGACUCAGGAGUACGAGGGGAUGAAGGACCAGCUGGACCUGGAGCAGAACCUGAGAGUCAAAGCUGAGACGUACGCACACGAGAUGCUGGUGAAGCAGAAGGAGGCCAACAGGCAGAGUAUGCUGCUGCUGCAGAACGCUGAGCCCAGCAUUCAGCUGCUGAAAGCUCUGGAGGACGUCGCUGCCAUCACCAAAACCCUGGAGGACGAGCGGCUGCAGCAUCAGCAGAAGGUGCAGGGCCUGGAGGCCCAGCUGCAGCAGAGCUGUGUGAAGGAGCAGCUGGAGGCUCUGCAGCGGCAGCUGGAGCUGCUGGAGGUGGAGAAGAAGGAGGUGGAGGGACGACUGGAGCAGGCGGACAGGAAGAACGAGGAGCUGGGGAGCAGAGUCCACGAGCUGCAGGAGACACAGAAAAACAUCACCGUGACGACCGGCGAAGCGCCCCCUCCCCCUGAACCCGGAGUGGCCCCGCCCCCGGCCCCUCCGCCGCAGCCGCCCCCUCCCCCUCCUCCUCCCCCUCCCCCGCCGCCGCCACCUCCCCCGUCGAGAUGCAACCCCCUCAGCUCUCUGAUCGCCAUCAUGAGAAAAUCUUCCAAAGGCUCCAAAGCCUCGGUGAAGGCAGAGCAGCCGGCGGCCGGCGACGAUGACGUGAAGGUGAAGGCGGUGAACGAGAUGAUGGAGAGGAUCAAGCACGGCGUCGUCCUGCGGCCCGUCAAGAGCCAGGAGAGCAAGAGAGUCGCAGUAAAACAGCCGCCCAAAUGUGAGGAGAAGCAACAGGAGAGCGCCAUGGAGGAGCUGAAAGGCAUCCUGGAGACGGUGAAGAGGAGCCCGAGCCGAGGCUCCCAGGAGUCGGGGCCGUCUCCGGCUCCGCCGGGGAAGAAGGACAGCGAGCUGGAGGUCAUCCUGCGACGGCGCCGCAACAGGGCGGGAGAGGCCGGCUCUGGAGACGAGGGCCAGCUGAGCCACGUGUCCUCCUCCGACAGCCUGAGCGGCGGACGCACCAGCAGCGACUCGGGCCGAGACGCGUCGGAGGGGCCGGGGCCGCUGAGCGUCCCCUGCGACGCGGCGGGACCCAGGCUCAGCCCGGAGAGGCGGGGGUCCGGCCCGGGGCCGGGUCCCAUCGUGGCCCGGAGGAAGAGCUCGGACACGGGCCGGGCGAGCAGAGCGGGCUCCUGGCAGGAGCGGAGGUCGUGCAGCUCGCUGUCCGAGAGGGAGGCGGCCGGCUCCCCGCUCAGCAACGGCUGCGGCAACAGCGUGGGCGAGGAGGAUCAACACGUGACGGAGAAGUGCGACGUCCGGUCCAACGGGGUCGACCACGGCGAGGACGCGUGUGCCGCCGCCGCCGCCGUCAUCAGCACCGGCCCGGUCAACGGCAGCGCCGACGCCGAGUGCUAGAGUGGAACGCAAAGAGGAAUCCUGGAAGUUGGUUUGUUUCUCUCCCCGUCGUCACAUCCUUGGCUUUUAUUGAUCGACCCGACGGAUGUCACUGAUAUUUUUUACGCUCGGAUCAAAUGAUUUCAGGUGUGAUUACACCUCGGAGGUUUUGGGGUUUUCUUUCAAUCGCCGGGUCAGAAACCAAACGGAAAUUUAGACUAUUUAAGUAUUAUACACUAAAUAUUUCAAAACAGUUGAAACGUCAACAGCUCUGGCGUUUCUCCACACGUCUAAAAAUCAUGCGAGUGCGAGUCCAGAGUUUGAAGGUCACGGCGAAUGUGUUCUGGUGUGAACGCAGCCUGAGAAGUGGAGCCGUUGCAGAAACAUUGACGGUUAAUGUUCAUUAUAACUGACAGACGGAGCAUGAAUAUACACCGCCAAUUCAAAAUAAAGUUAUCAGCUCCACUUUUUGCAAAAUUUUAAAUAUUCACAUGAGCUGCUCAGUAUUUAUAUGAACUCCGUAGACGGUAAAUAAAGAUGGAGGAUGCUAACGUGGAGGAGGGGGCGGGGCUUACGUCCCAUACUGUACACAGCCACCUCGGGGUGUUUGCCGGGUCAGGAACCAAAUAGAAAAUGUGGACUUUGUCGUAUUGCUAAGUAUUAUACACAAAAUACAUAAAAAACAGCCUGACAGUGGAAACGUCAUCAGCUCUGGUCCGAGCGUUUCUCAACACGCUUACAAACACGUCUAAAAAAACGUUUUUUUUCUUGAAGUGCGAGUCCAGAGUUAUAACGUCCUGGUGAAUGUGUUCGGUGUGAACGCAGCCUGAGAAGUGGAGCCGUUGCAGAAACACUGACGGUUACUGUUCGUCACAACUGACAGACCGAGCAUGAAAUUAAAAAUAAAGUUAUUAGCUCCACUUUUUUUUAGCAAUUUACAAUAUUCAUAUGAGACAAACGUGGAAAUAGAAAUGUGAUGAUUCAGCGGGUUUUCUUUUGAGCAAGAGGUUUCUCCAACAACAGCAGAGGCAGCCGGCCGGUUUCCAUCCUGCUCUUAUGCACAUUUAGAAUUUGGGUAUUAAAGGAAUUGUAAAUGCCAGAAAUUUUAAAAAGUUUAGUCUUUAAAGUUUCAUAUUAAAUCAUGAAUCAAUUUGUGUUUUCUAGAUGUUGUACGCGGUCACUGACCGUGCCCCCUCUGCUCCGCCACCAGCUGUUUAUCUUGAUUAACUUGUGAUAUUUGGAUGGAAAAUGUGCAUGAGUUCACAUUUUCUUUUUGGAAUUCGAUUGAGAUUCACACCACACGUGGAUGGAAACCCGCCCGGUCGCACGACUCAACUGAACCACGGCAAACAGAAAUGUUCUCAGGGUCCACGGGGACAAAACAUUUCACCAAACCCCAAAGAGCCUUUUGUUUGUUUAGUUUGUUUUUUAAAACUCGCGGUGAAAUAACCAAAUGGGUAGAAGGUGCUUGUUCCCCUCGCCUACCUCUGCACGGACACCCGCCUCUAAACCCCAGUCGUCCUGAGCCACGUCCCACCGUGUUAAAUAUCACCUCUCCUCGUCUGCGUCGUCGCGUCUUCGUCGUGCCUCCACCAGAGAUCAGACGUCUUCCUCGCGCCUCCCUCCUCCGCUGACGUUUCACCGCACAUCCCUUGACUUUUUUAUUUUGGUUCAGCCUGCUGUAAUGUAAAUAACUCUCCUCCUCCUGACACGUGACGCAACACGGAGAAUCAUUUUUUCGAAGAGUAUGCAAAUUACACGAGGCGCAUUUGUACGACGCCGUCACACACCUUGUCGAUAUUUCUUAAAAACACAGACUCACGUUUAACAAGUGCAUUUCUGUUCCGUUCGUAUGUUUUGAUUCUGAUGCAAAGGAGCAGAUAUUAACGAGCCCGACUGUCGUUCAUAUCCAGGAUGUUUCCGGGUCCUCGUACUUUACUGAUACUGCAUAGUUGUCAACCCCCCCGUGUCUUUACUUACAGGGACUUCCUGUAUCUGACAAAGAGUUUGGGUGACUAUAGAUAUUGUGUGUGUGCGUGUGUGUGUGUGUUUGGGAUAUAAAUGGAGUGUUAAAGGGUUUUUUAAAAAGAACGUGGAUUUUCAUUUUAGCAUCACUUGAAAUAAAAUUGCAAUUCAAACUAAA